UCCAAAACGCCGAAAGUAGAGCUAACGAUAUCUAUAGAUGGAGUGGCCAUUCAAGAGCCCAAAUCGAAGCGCAUCUUCCAUCAGUUCCCAUUGCAUCGCAUCUCUUACUGCGCGGACGACAAGUCAGAGAAAAAGUUCUUCAGUUUUAUCGCCAAAGAGAGUGACUCCGAGAAACACAUCUGCUUUGUGUUCGUGAGCGACAAAUUGGCCGAAGAGAUCACACUAACCAUCGGUCAGGCCUUUGAUUUGGCUUAUCGUAAAUUCCUGGAGACGUCGGGACGCGAUCUCGAGAUGAAGAAGCAGUUAAUGAUUUUACAGAAAAGAGUUCGAGAACUCGAGCAACAGAACAACGAACUGAGGGAUCGACUCAAUCAAUACGAACACAAUGGCAAUGGACUUAAUGGCAAUGGCGUCGGGAAUCAUCACUCAGUGAACAACAAGUUAAACAGCACUCACUUAGAGACCAAACACGUUAUGAACGGCAACGAUAACCAUAAGGCAGAGACGCCAUUACAGCCAUUGCCACCACUUCCACCACUGCAACCGCCGCCCAGUGCUCUCCCGCGAGCACUUAAUCGCAGUUUCUCUGAGAACCAAAGCGUCAAUCUAUUGGACUUAGAUAUAAGUCAAACGAAACCAAUUGUCGGCCGAAAACUUGAAAACUUAAGCCUUAAAGAAGUGUCAGAGGAUGACUUCAAUCCACGCGCCGACAACACUAAUGGCUUCAACGGCUCUGUUGAGCAACAAAACGGUCAUUCGCUGAACGGUUCGGCAAAAGACUUGUUUGGAAGCGAACCGUUCACUGUUGAGAAGGGGGGCAAAGAUCCCUUCGGAAUGGGAGAGUUCGGCGCUCAGGAACUCGAGACAGCUAUCGGUGCUAUUGAUAGAAGAUUGGCUUCGUUUGACUUAUAUCUAAGUCCAAUAGAU